CGUGCAGCAGUCAGAGUGCAAGCAUCCCCGCCUUGUCAUUAUGAGCCAGCUUGCCUUCUUCCUUGCGAUUCCUUCGCCUCCUCGCUCGCUCUUGCCACCCUCACCCGGCCGCACAGUAGUCCAACCACCCCGUCCUUCUUUCCAGCCUUGCGGAUUGAGGAUAAUGCACUCUAAUAUUACGUCCUUCCUCUUCUCCUCCCAGAUCAUUUAGUUCUCCCCACGCCUCCUGCUCUAGUUUACAUUCUCCCAUUCUGUGCAUUUUCGUCCUGGCUCUCCCAUUUCUCUCUUCGUUUGAAGUGAUUAUAAGUCCAUUUUGGAUUCUGGCGGGGAUUCGUGGCGAAUUGGACUGGAAUGAGAUCGUUGAGCAGCACGAUUAUCAUUCAACAUGAGGGACGACUCUAUGGUGUUUCUUUAAAAAAGCAAAUUGGAAUGGGAAACAACUGACAGAAUAUUGAGCAAUAUGAGCUUCAGAGUGUGGUUGACGGAGUAGAGUAAAUAGUUGGGUGAAGUAGGGACUGAUACAAAAAAAAAAAAAAAAAAAAAAAAACGAUCUCAGAGUCUUUGAACUAGCUUGGAAAGAGAGUUUGAACGGUUGAUAGGUGUGUUUGAAGGAGGUAUCGAAACUUUUGCUUCUGCAUCGGAUUGUUUGCGAUAACUGUGGUGAAGGUGUGAUUGAAAUUUAUACUGAAUUCUGCUGCUUAGCAUUUGCGAUGCGUGAGCUGGAUAGGAGAGCAGGUUAGCAUUGCAAACAUUCAGGAGUCGAGGUUGCUGGACCUCAAAUUGUAGGGUUUCGAUAUUAGCCAUUGAAUCCACCAUGGCAACUUUGAUGUCCCUAUCCGAACGGGAAAGGCUGCCCAGCCUUUCCAAGCGAUGUGUGCAGACGAAGUCGAAUCUCGUGAGAAGUCCGAGGUCGGUAUUGCUGCCGGAGUCGCCCGGAGGUAGUUCAAUCGAGUCUAGCUCCCUGGCCAGUUCGAUCCUCGGGGAUCAGAUCGUGGAAUGCACCAGCUUUAGGAACCCAUCGAGGAGUGACAAUAGUAAGUCUGAAGCAAGCUUUGAGCAAGUCGACAACUACACAUGUUUCAGGUUUGUAUCAAUUGAUCGGCCGAGCGACUUGCUUGUGGAAGUUGGCGACAUCUCAUUUCAUCUUCACAAACUCCCUCUCUUGUCAAAGAGUGGCCUUCUCUUCAGGCUAGCAUCACAGUCUUGUGACACAAGAAAAGCACAUGUCAAGCUGGUGGAUAUGCCAGGAGGAGCUGAGGGGUUCAUUUUGGUUGCUAAGUUCUGCUACGGCAUUGUGGAAGAACUCACUCCUACCAAUAUCGCUACCAUUCGCUGCGCUGCGGAGUAUCUCGAGAUGACGGAAGCGUUCGAGGAAGGGAAUGUAAUCAGUAAAGCUGAAGCCUACCUCAAUCUCGUUAUCUUGAAUUCCUGGCAGGAGGUAAUCAUUGUCCUUCAAUCCUGUGAGCUCCUCCUACCUUGGGCCAAGGACAUGAAUUUGGUGAAGAGAUGCGCCGAGUCUGUUGCGCAAAAGACUUUCACAGAUCCACGAAGUGUUCGGUGGCUUUACUCUGGAAUUGAGAAAAACAGCAUGACGGCUUCGGCACAGAGGAAUCCUCUGGAAGCGUUGGUCACUAGGGUCGCGCCCAAAGAUUGGUGGUACGAAGACGUCUCACACUUGACAAUCUACUGUUUUAGUGAAGUCGUGGAUGCUAUUAAGGAGAAUGGUAUGCAAUCGGACCUUCUUGGAGGCGCCUUGGAAUAUUAUGCUCAGCGAUGGUUGCCAGGCUUAAUCAAAGCAGAGCAGCACAAUGUCUUUAGUAAAGACACCAGCAUUCCUAUUGCUGCAUCCACAAGAAAAAACUCGCCGAUCUCAUCACCCCCGAUUAAAGACGGAAACGUGAUUUUAAUCUGUCCAUCUAAGGGCACGGGGGAAGAUAAGCCCGCUAAGUUACAUGAGUCUAUAGCGGAGCAGAGUAGGAAUCGCUUUAUCCUCGAGGAAAUAGUAAGCAUGCUGCCCCAAAGAAAAGAUGCGGUCUCCUGCAGUUUCUUGCUAAGGAUGACGCGUGCGGCGUGCAUGUUGAAUUGCGACCUUGACUGUAAGGCGGAUUUGGAAAGACGAGUCGGUCUGCAGCUUGAUCAAGCAACUUUAAGCGAUUUGCUUAUUCCUAGUUUCUCUAACACCAGUGAAUAUUUGUUUGACAUCGACAUUGUGCGCCGAAUCUUGGAUCAUUUUUUGACACAGGAGCAAAGCGACAGUCCAAGAACUUGCUCAGGUGACAAAAGAGCACAGACUAUUUACGAUGGCACUCUAGCAGGGAGUCGACAACCGCCUCUAAAUUUGAGAGCAAAAGUAGCUAAACUACUAGACGCCUAUCUUGCCGAAGUGGCUAGGGACAGUAAACUCCCUUUGACGAAAUUUCACUCUCUCGCCGAAGCGCUUCCCGAGGGUUCAAGGUUGUGCGAUGAUGGACUCUAUAGAGCAGUCGACACUUAUCUCAAGAUACAUCCGACCUUGGCCGAGCACGAAAGGAAGAGACUGUGUCGGAUCUUGAACUGCCAUCGCCUUUCACUUGAUGCGUGCACGCACGCUUCGCAGAACGAGCGAUUGCCACUCCGUUUUGUAGUUCAGGUUCUCUUCUGCGAGCAACUCAAGAUUCGAAGCACGGUUACUGAAGUCAGUAAUUCAGUGAAGGAUAAUCUUAGUGAGGCUGAUAACUGUAGUAUUAUUCUCAAGGAGCCUACUUCCACGUCUCAGCAGGGGGCAGAUCAGGAGAAUGUUAACCAAAUGGAAAUUAGAGCAUUGAAACGUGAACUUGCAAGCAUGAAAGAGAAGUGCAAUGAUCUGGAGAGAGAUCAGGGUAGCAUUCAAGAUCAGGUGCAACAAAUAGCUACAGUUUCCAGGGGGCGUCCCUCAUCGUGGUCGUCAGGAGCGUGGAAAAGGAUCACCAAACUACAUCUGUUCAACAGGAGCAACCAGAAUGACGAAACAUCGUCCACCGAGUCGCGCACGGAGCGCCGCAGGUGGAGGAACUCCAUAUCUUAGAGAUCUAUAGCCAUGUAACUCAUACAUCCCUCGUAGGUCUGUUCAUAAUGCCAAUUACGUGAUCGUUCCUUAGCAGAUUGAGAUUGGACAAGCACAAGACAUUUUAAAGCACAAGACAUUUUAAACGGCAAGCGGAUAUAGAUUUUUUCUCUUUUUUCUUCUUUUUUUAGAUUUUCAUGUAACCUGAUAACUUCCAGAACAAUUGCAUACUUGGUCGUGGAUGUCAGAGAAUUGAGGUUUGAUUUCAGAACCCAGGUCUGUCGAUCUUCGUGAACACCGUUGCGUGUUCUCGUGGCAAUUUGCUACGAACUACUUUUGAGAACUGAAACUUGAAUGUACACAUAUGUCUUCUUUUUCACUUCUACAAUUAACAAAAGAAGCUUCCUCAUUCCACCUGA